ACAAAACAAGAUGCCCAGCAAGAGGAAGAAGAACAAGCGUCGCAUGAGGAGGGUGCAGGCCCUGAGGAGAGCUCUUGAGGAUCAGCAUGCAGCUAAUCCACCAAUCAAAUCAGGACCUGGGAUUGCAGCAAGUACACCCCCAACAGCUCCCAAGAAAGCAGCGAAAACUGCUGCACCGAGAAAGACCCCACAUACUGGUCCUGUUCCUGCCCCAGUUGAGCAGAUCCCCAAGGAACCAGAGUUGAUUGUGAAAGAACCAGUUCAUGUAGAAGUGGCAAAACCAAAUGUAGAGCUUUUGGAGCAGGCUCCUGCAGAGGUGAAGGCUGACUCCCAUGCUGAAGUUGAGGUUGGAGCCCCUGCAGACUUUGAGAUUGAAGCCCGAGUCCGCCUCUCUGAAGAGCCCCCAGUUGAAUGGACUCCACCAGUGGGGCCCUCUACAGGUCAAGCCGAUUUAAGACAGGAAGCCCAAUUUAUUGUGCCCCAAACUGUGCCAGUAACUGAGGUUGAAUGUCCACAUGAGGCUCCAGGAGGGCUUCCUGCAGUGACUGAAACUCAGACGGUGGAAGCCAUUGCAACAGAAACGGAGGCUGAACAGACACCUGAGGUCUGUGAGCCAGAGAUGGAGAAGGAAGCCGAGACUGAGGUUAGGGUGGAAGUGGAGGAGGAUGUCACAGAUUUCUCCGUAGCAGAGACUGAAAAUGAAGCCACUAAAGAACCAGCAGCAGAAGACUUCAGUAAACAAGUUUCUGCAGAAACUGAAACCGAGGUGGUCACAGAGACACCAAAACCCGAGCCGAGGACUGAGUCAGUGAGUUCAGCUCAGGAGGGAGAGGGGAAAGUGGAAGCAGACGUGUCGGCUAAAGAAGACGAAGCUGCAGUUUGUGCUGAGCCUGGAACAUCUGCAGGGGAUGCUGCUGUCCAGGCUUUGGAGAUACCAGAGGUGAAGGAUACCAUCCUGGAGCCUCUGGUUGGAAAAGCUGAGGUCAAUUUUAAUGAAGCCGGAGAGGUUGUUGCAGAAUCACUGGUCUCUGACGAUGUUGUCUCAGAAUCUGCGUCAGGCAUUGAUGAUGCGAUCACGACCUCUUCUGUCAUCCAGCAGGGAACCAUGGCCAUGAGUGGCAACGUUAUAACCCAGACAGAGUCUAUACCUGGGACUCCUGCAGUCUCUGCUGCUGUUGCUGCAGAGGACGUGCUUACUGUAAAGUGA